AUGGGAAAAGGGUUAAGGUCAAAAGUGAAAAGAAGAUUUCGUACCAUCAAAAGGAUUCAUGUUAGAGAACAUGUGGAAAAACCCAAUCUGAAAAAAUUAAACGACAGAAUUAAAUCAAUGCUUAAUAAUAAAGAUAUAUAUCAAGAUUUAGUUAGACCCCCCAAUAAAUUCUUACAUCCAGAUGAUGAAAAUGCGGUAAUACCCCAACAUAAAAUAACAAAGAAAAUAGAUUUCAGAUCUGAAGCCUUACCAUUGUCAGGAUUUGCCACUGUUGGCAAUAGGAGGAAAUACAAUUUGACUGAACAAAUAUCAUUAAAAAAUGAAUUCGGAGGAAAUGCAAAUUUUUUUGAAAAUACAGAAGUUAGUAAAAUGAUUGAAGAGAUGCAUAAAAGAUCAAAGGAAGUUAUGAAAGUAAUUCAGAAUAAUGAACAAAAAGAUAAAUAG